UCCAAAGACAUGUACAAGUUAGCAUAGUUCAAAUUUACAAAGUUUUAUUUUGAAGGUGUGUAGAAAAUGAUCCCGUCCAAUCAAUACCAACGAAUCCCGGAAGGAAGUGUCACCCAGGACAGUUAUUGCAAAAAUGAGUACUUCCUUAUAAUUCAGUACAUGUGUUUCCUUGUUCCAAUGCUCUUUUACUAAAACUGCACGACGCAGCUUCGCAGAAAGGCAGAACAGUUAAAGAUGGGAUACAUGACAGUUGAGGAGCUCAGCUCCACCCGGCUCCACCUGAAGAGAUCUCCGGGCAUACGUUCCUGGUCCCUUCUUGUCGGCAUAGUGUCUGUUGGGUUGGCCGCUGCGUACUACAGCUCAGACAGCCUCCUGUGGAAGCUUUUCUAUGUGUCCGGCUGCCUGUUUGUAGCCAUGCAGAACAUGGAGGAAUGGGAGGAGGCCGUGUUUGACAAAUCCAAGGACCUGAUUGAACUCAAGAGCUUUAGCCUGUACGCCUUGGUCCUGACCUUGUGGAGAAAGGGGCAAGAGAAAGUUGUGUUGGAUCUGACACAGCUGUGUGACAUCUGCGUCCAGGAAGAGAAGGUUCGCUAUUUGGGGAAGGGCUACCUGCUGAUGCUGCGGCUGGCUGCCGGCUUCUCCUACCCCCUGACUCACAGUGCCACACUGGGAGGACGCAAUGAUGUGGAGGUGGUGGCUUCAUUGCUGAAGCGCUUCCUGGGCCUGGAGGAGUUGCAGCAGAGCAGGCAGCAGGAAGAAGAAGAGGCACAGCAUGCAGAAGAGGAAGAGGAAGAAGAGGAGGAUUCUUUGGACAAAAGUAGUGAUUCAGAUGGUGAAGCAGGAGAACUCUGAUCCCUCUGUGACCUUUAACGCUGCUGCAACUUUGUGUGGAUAUAUGUUUGGGCAAUAUGGCUUUGCUAUGGCAUUACAGAGGGUGAGGUGAUACCCUCGAUGCACGUUAUGCUGUUAACAAGCGAUGAUACACCCAAGAAUAUCGGUUCUCUCAGUUCCUCCUUACAGACUUAUUUUUUUGGAGGACUAUAGUAACAUAUUUAUUGCUUUAUUUUCAAGUAAACUGGGAUAGAAAUAUCAAACAAUUUUUUAUAAAAGAGUCCUAGGAAAAACAGAACUAGCAAAGACUUUCAUUAUACUUGAGAUGCAGCUCUCUACAAGUGAAUAGCAUGCCUUAGCUCUUCUCAUCUAAUUAUUAUUUUGAAAUACACUCCAGAUUACAGUUUUACUGUGCCUUCCUGAUGAACUCUAAUAUGUGUUUAUGUGUAAGUCAAUGGAAAGUGCUUUUCCCAACGUUUGCUGGACCUGUGGAAAACCACCCGGUGGAUAAU